GGAAAACUUAUAUUCAAGAAAUUGAGAGAUAAGCAGCAAAAGAGUAAAGUGUCUAGUCUGUAAGCGACAAAAACUACCUAACUAAAAAAAAAUUCAAAAGCCCAACCAAAAGCCCCACAACCAAAAUCCAUCUUCCCACAUCACACCCACACAUAAAAACCCUCCAUCUUCCUCUCCUCUUCUCUGUGCCUCAGAAAAUUUCAGUAUAAACACAGAGCAAUCUCCAUCCAAAAAAACUCACAAACUCCACACACACACACACACACAACACAAAACAUUCUCACUUCUCCUCUUCCUCCGUUGCCACAAUACAUUUCAUAAAGGAAAAUUAGAGAAGUAAUGCAGAAGCACAAAAAGCCUCCACCACUCUUCUUCUCCUUCAUCGUGGUCCUCCUAACCAUUUCUUCAUCCUUCAAUGUUGGAUUAGCCGGCGGAGGGACAAUCGGUGGCCGGCGGUUGUUGUUGGGUGGAGAUAAUCCGUUCACUGCCAAGGCUUCAUUGAUUCGUUACUGGAAGAAACAAGUAUCGAAUAAUUUACCAAAACCAUGGUUUUUGCUCAACAAAGCGUCCCCAUUGGACGCCGUGCAAUUAGCCACAUUCUCAAAACUCGCGGAUCAGAACACCUUGUCCGCCCAGCUCCUCAAUUUCUGUUCCAAAGCAGAUCUCCUCUGCUUUCCCGAUUUGGCUGCCGGUCUCGAAAAGCACGACAAAGACGUGAAUUUCGCGCACUACAGCUUUGAGAACUUCACAAAUUACGGCAGCGGACACGCCGGCGGGGUGGACUCUUUCAAGAAUUACACCAACGAUGAAAACCUCCCCGUCGACACCUUCCGCCGCUACAGCCGUGACUCCGCCGGCCACGGAGAUCAGUUCGCCAAUUACGCCCUCGACGCCAAUGUGGUCGACCAGAGCUUCAACACUUACGGCACAUCCUCCACCGGCGGCGCCGGAGAUUUCAAGAAUUACAAUAAUGAUGCCAAUGUACCCGGCCUCACAUUCACCUCGUACUCCGACAGCGCUCUCGGCCGGACCCAAGAGUUCAAGGGAUACUCGACCGAUGCCAAUGCCGGCCAGGAAGGUUUCACAAGCUACGGUAAGAACGGCAAUGGAGCAACCAAUGUAUUCACCAGCUACGGCAAUGAAUCCAACGUCAUCACUUCCGGGUUCAAAAAUUACGGCGAAACCGCCAACGGCGGCACUGAUAAUUUCACUUCUUACGGAAGCAACGGAAACAAUCCGGCGAAUAAUUUCAACAACUACGGCGCCGGCGGCAAUGCGGCCACAGAAUCAUUCGCUAAUUACCGUGACCAAUCAAAUGUGGGAGACGAUUCUUUCAAAUCCUAUGCAAAAGGGUCCAAUGCUGCCAAUCUGGGUUUCAGUAAUUAUGGGAAAUCGUUCAAUGAAGGAACUGAUAAAUUCUCACAGUACGCACAGGAUUCAAAUGCUCAGAAAGUGGAUUUCAAGACUUACGGCGUCAACAAUACUUUCACGGAGUACGCCAAAAGUGGGGUCACAUUUUCAAGCUACACCAACGAAUCCUCCACCGCAGGCGCCGAUAUUACGGCGAGUUUGGUGGCCGGUGGCAAAAAGGUAAUUAACAGGUGGGUGGAGCCCGGGAAAUUUUUCCGGGAAAAGAUGUUGAAGGCGGGUAACACAAUGCCAAUGCCUGACAUUAAGGAUAAAAUGCCUAAAAGGUCGUUUCUGCCCCGGACGAUUCUCACCAAAUUACCAUUUUCCACGGCCAAAGCAGACGAGCUGAAGAAGCUCUUCCACGUCCGGGAGGAUUCCAGCAUGGCCGGAAUACUGGGCAACGCGUUGAACGAGUGUGAACGGCCGCCCAGCCCCGGCGAGACGAAGCGGUGCGUGGGGUCCGCGGAGGAUAUGAUUGACUUUGCAACUUCAAUCCUGGGACGAAACGUCGUCGUCCGGACCACUGAGAACACUGAAGGAUCAGGUGGUGAUAUUAUGAUUGGUACUGUAAGAGGGAUCAAUGGCGGACAAGUCACUAAAUCGGUGUCUUGUCAUCAGACACUGUUCCCGUAUUUACUCUAUUACUGCCAUUCCGUUCCUAAGGUUCGGGUUUACGAAGCGGAUAUACUUGACCCGAAAUCCAAGGCUAAAAUCAACCAUGGAGUUGCCAUCUGUCACGUCGAUACAUCGACUUGGAGCCAGAAUCAUGGAGCUUUCGUGGCUCUGGGUUCGGGUCCGGGUAAGAUUGAGGUUUGCCACUGGAUUUUCGAGAAUGAUAUGACUUGGGCCACUGCUGAUUGAGUAGGAAAUUAACGAACAGACCCGGAAAAUGUGGGCUUGUUGUUUGAAAGUUAGUUUUUUCUCCUGCAAGCAUGUCUUUUUCUUUUUAUAAGAUUCAAUUAAUGUGAUGUUUGCUCUCAAGAAGAUGAGAGUUUGUCAAAGUUUGAGUUUAAUGUCAAUCAUUAAUCACAUGGAUAUUGAUUUACUCACUCACAAACCUUACUUUGAUUUAAGUGUUCACAACCCAUAUACUGUAAUGCUUUUCCCUCAUGUUGUUCGGAGACUGAUUUAGGUCAAUAAAUAGGACACUUCUUUUCUUCUUCUUCUUCUUCUUCUGUGGUGGAGAGUGGACUGGUGAGUGGCUUACAAUAAUAAAUGUGAUUCACUUGUGUGAAAUUUUGGGGGUACCAGAUUGGGUGAGAAGUUAAAGAAAAAGCAGUUAUAAUGAAUGAAUGAAUGAAUGAAUGAUUCAUUCGACGCAGACAGAACACGCAACAAGUAUGAAAGUGAAUAUAGUGUGGAGUGUGUUGAAUACACCUUAUUCUCAGUUAAAUGCAUAAUGCAUUGAUUGGU